AUGAGUUGGUUUGUGAUCGACAAGGAAGAAGAAAUAUUCGAACUAGAUGAUGUUCGCGACGAGGAUAAGGUCAUGAUGGCGUUGUGGGGUCGGUGGAUACUCCUGAACAGGAACAAAUUCGUUCGCGAUUACUACCGAGGCACGAUUGCCUUCGUGGACGAGUAUUGGGAAAUGAUCAAGCUUGCUGCUGGGUGGUCCGCACUGCGCGUCUGGCUUCUGAUGUUUGUUGUGAACAGGUUCCUAGACGGUGCGCAAGUUGCAAGGGUUUUGAAGCAUUAUGAGAAAUUAGCUGGUGUGGUCUAAAUACAUUUGGCGGUCUGUGGCCCAUGGCACGCUCAUGUCAUACCUUGUGGAUAUGAGCACAAUGCACGUCCGUAAAUAUCUCACUGAAUUGCCGCGGACCUUUAUGUAUCCGAUUUCUAGUCCGGCUAUUCUUCGUGCCUGUCAUGAAGAUCAUUCUUGUAUGGUCCCUCGUUGCCCAAUGACCGUGCAGAGUUACGCUAUUGCGAAGAAUGGUCUUUUUGCAUACAACUAAUUGCGC